UUAAACAUAUGUCAAACGAUAGGGGAAAUAUUAUUUAACGGAAUCUCCCUGCGGAAUAAAUGGUAUCAUCCAAUAAUCGUUCCCAGGGUGUUGCCCCAACAAUCCCACUGUUCCUUGCGGCAGUCUUCCUUCACACACUCGAAGAUGUCCUGGGCGGGCCAAGACGGUGUCGACGACGAUUUCGUCCUCCACGGACGGAAAACUCCCAUCAGGGAUCAUCCUGGCGGGUACUUUACAAACUCUCAAAAAACCAUCACCACCCGAGACCUGACCCAGAGUCGCACCUAUGAUCCCGGGAACUAUCGUCCCUCGUCAAAAACUGCUGCAAUGAGGACCUACAGAAGUGAUCUCCGCAGAAGUCACAGCGAAGAAGAUCUUAGAAUUUCAAAGACAAAAGAAGAAAUACUUCAAGACAUCUUUAAGGCAGAAGGAAGGUCCCUCAGUCCUUCAGUUUACGAGCUGGAAAAGUCACUCACUGAUCUCAGACUUGACCUGAGUGCCCUGAGUAACAGUGGCAGCUUUGGGAGGGGGCAGCUGAACAAGAGUGUGUCUUUCAGCGAUAAAGUGCAGGAGAAAAUUGUGCACAGUGACAGUGAAGACAGCGUGGAUGAAGAGCUGCGCAGGCUGAUUGACAGGGAUGAUGAAGAAGCAUCAACCGGAGAGAGAGGUGAUGGAGAUAUCCCACGUCCGCUGCACUCCAAGAAUGUGACAAGCCAUGAGUACAAGUGGGUGAGUGACAAACCUGCAGCUGCGCACGACAAGCAGUGGUACACAGAUCCCAAACACCUGACGUCGGAGGUGGGGUAUUACCCCACCCUACAGGAGGGUGGCGUGCCCCCUCGAUCUGUGUCCCCUGUGAACAGAACCAUCGGGAGGUUUGGUUCCGAAAUUGCAGACAAAAGUCCCUUUGCAAGGGUCACACCAACAGACAUCGCAUCCAAUGCAACAAGCUACCCUGUGAGGUUGCAGGCACCGUAUAUAAUUGGAGUGAAGUCGCUACGACCACCAAAGAUCCAGCCGAGGCCACAGUCACCAGUACGAGCCUUGUCACCUGCUCUUCGUAUGGAACGUAUGAUGGAGGAUGUAGAACAAGAAAGAGGGCGGUCAAGAUCACGAACAAGAACGUCUUUACGAACACGGUCUGUGUCACCUGCAUUGAGACAGAGCAGAGGUCGUUUACGAUCAAGGUCAAGUUCUCUAACACGAGGUCGGUCUCCGUCCCCUAGUCCUGCAUGGAAACCUGUGCUUAAGGUGAAAAAGGAAUCGCCCGUUUUUCUGGACACAUCUCCCCUCCCUCGUAAACCUCAGCGCAAGUUUCCCCGACAGUCCAGAUCCAAGUCCAAGAAGUUCACCUGGAAUUCCACAACUCCAGUUCCAGAAAAGCCCAUGAAUUCAGACAGUGCACUCAAAGACAUCAGCAAACAGUUCCUGGAAUCCCUGGAGCCUGAAACCAGGAAGUACUUGUUGGAACAGUCCAUCAAGAACAACACGCCGCUACUGGCAGAGGCCGAUAAGUUGAGUGGGCGGACGGUUUCGGACUCGCCGUGGGAAAAGGAGCUCGCUCGCUUGCGGUUAGAACGACUGAGGAUUGAGGAGGAACACCUGUUGGAGUUGAAAAGGGAAGAGGAGUUAGAGAGAAUCAGGGGCCCACAGCCCAAGUGGUAUGAGAUGAAGACGAGUCAGUUCCACUACGAGGCCAAGAAAAAUAACAAGUUGUUGAAGAACUCCAAACACUGGCAGGGCAUGAUGGACUAUCGUCAGGAGCUGCUCAACGCCUCGCGGGAGUUCAGCCAGAGUGUGGACCCUCACGCCAAUUUAGGCAUCGCUUUAUGAUGUACUGUUCCGGUAGUAUAGGGAUGUCCCUGUAGCUCAACUGGUAGCAGCCUAACACUUGAACUGGCUCUUAUUAGUUGAAGGAGACGAUGGUUCAAUCCUGGGAGCGGCAUCUCGGUUGGGGCUGCACUUGCCUUUCAGAAUAGAAGUAAAAUAGAGGCCUCCUGUUCAAGGAAGUGCCCUGAGCAUGUUAAUGGACUGGCAACCCCUCAGUGUAAAAAUAUACCGAAACAGCAAGGAAACAUUGUGCCUUAUGCACCAGCACUACUAGGCACCACAAGGGCCUGAACAAGGGACGUACCAGUACUGGUAGUAUUGGGGGCUUCUAACAUAUUUCCAAAUGUAUUAGCGUGGUUGGAAAAACACAGCAAUGGGUAUGCUUGUAUUGUUAUCAUUGAUUUCAUCAAGAGGAUGAUAGAUAUUGAUAUAGCUACAUUAUGUUCUUGCCUACUGUAAAUGCAUUGAAGUUCGCGGGGAUUUACUUUCGCGGUAGCGGGAAAACGGAGUGUUUACGGUGGUUUUAAGUUUGCAGUGAAGUGGCCACCGCAAAAACGCGAAUAUAAAACCACCGCGAACAUUUCUGCAUUUACAGUAUUUGUAAAACCUGAUGGAAUGAAGAUAGGUUAUCCAAACCUAUUAUAACUACCAAGCAGCUAUAAUAGGUGUGGACACCAGGCUAAGGUAGGAUGAGUUGAAUGUUAAGCACAGUACAAUGCCUUCAGAGAAGAAUACCUCUUGAAAGUGUAUAAUUAUUGUAAAUUAGGUUAUCCUAACAUCCAUGUUGGACUGAAAAGAAGGUGUAUCUAUUCACUUUUACUAAAAGCUUGUGGCUGGGACAGUAUUUUGGGUAGGAACUGUUUUUGUUCCUAAGUAAGUGUUAUACAUUGUACAGUGUGAAAUGAAAGCUACAUUAAAAAAAUCAUUGUACGCAUGGUAUCAUAGACUUUUAUUACAGCAAGUGCAUUUGAACAGAAACAAUCACAUUUAAAAAACAGAAGCCCUUCAGUGCUUUGAAAAACGACUCCAAUUAGAAUUCAUCAAUCAUUAGUUCAGGAUGUUACAACAAAGACCAUAUCCCCUGGUUUGGCCUAACUUGACAUGUACAUAAAGUAUGUGCAUAAUAUAUACAAUACAAGGCAUUGCACAAACCCUCAACAUACUCUUUUGAAACAAAAGUCAAAUGUAAGUGGCAGUAAUUGUAGAAGUAUUACACAUUAAAAAUGUUCAAAAUACAUCGGAGUUCACACAACAUUGAGGAAUGAAGAUUAAAGUGUG